AACAACCAAGGUAAAGAAUAAUUACUAAUGAAAUUGACAUAUGCAAUUUUUCUGCAAAAGUUAGGUGACCAGCCAACUAAAACACUUGUACCAUCAUCUCUAGAUUGACUCCAUCAAGGAGGGCAGAGAUAACCCUAAAGAAAAGUCAGCCAAUUGUUCAUCCAAACACUAAAGCAAGGAUGGUUCUUAACAAUGAAAACAACGAAAGCAAAAUUUCGAUUCGGAUCUCUUGAUCAUAACGGUAAAGGUGUAGGUUCUAAAUUUUAUGUUACUACAACCUCCUCAACAUGUUCUUUCUGUAUCUUAUUCUCUUUACUCUGCACAUUUACAGGCAAACCUACAAGCUCAAGUUUUAAAUACAAAAAGAAAAUUAUUUAAACCUCUAAAGUAAGCAGGUGAUGACCGAUGACUCAAUUUGCUUUCAGAUCGCUUCAUUCCCAAUGUAUAUUGUCUCGCAUGUUUAUACAUAUCCAUCCGCUUUUUUUGGAUAACUCGUACAUCUUUCUCAAACUUAUCUCGACUCCUAGAAGAUAAGAAUUCAACAUAUCCAAUUCGUCUGCUGAUCUGAUGUCAUACUCUAUCGUGGUCAUGAUUCGAUUCCUAUCAAUCAAUUACCCGUAAUGCAAAUACGCUAUGUCUCGUAUAUGAAAGUUUACUGCAAAGGGUAGGAGCCAGCCAACUUAACACUUAUACCAUCAUCACAAGAAGAGAGAAUCUUUAGUCAAAAAAAAAAAAAAAAAAAACAAGAAGAGAGAAUCGACACGGCGACACCUCCAGAAAUGAUGGCAAAUCUUGUUUAUCUAAACUCUAAAGAACUAAAAAUAGUAUCGCAAGUGUCUCCCCUGAAGCUGAAAGGGCCUCAAGCGGCUCUUCCUCCGGCGGUUGACUGCACAAAUUGCGAGCCUUUAGGAGUCUUCUCCUCCGUCGACUUAAAUUCACCGGCCGCCGCUUCCCAGUUCGUUUUCCGGCUAUGCCAGGGGACAGAGCAAGCAAAACAAAUUUAAGCUGUUUAAGAGCUGGAGAGAGUUGACUUGGUCUGAUAUUUCCAUGUUAAAUAAAUAAUCACAUCAUCAUUCCAUCCAAUAUGGUGACACUGCCCCCACCCUUUCAUCAUUCUUAAGGGACAAUUUUAAAUUAAUCCUUCCCACCGAUCCUUAAUCUAAUGGGGAUUAUCCAAUUUCUCUCAUCCACUAAUUGGCUUCCACAUUUUCUCAACUCUCCCCCCCACUUGGAGAGCUGCAGCAGGCAGGGUAUAUAAACUCUUCUGGGCAAAACAGAUCCUUUCAAUCAAAUCCUUCCUUCAAGCAAAAAACAAGAAAGAAAAGGAAAGUCCUGAAAAACUUGAAUCCGAUGGCAUCCACGGCGGCGCGUCCACUUCUCCUCCUAGCUUCCGCCGUUGUUCUCGCCUCUUUCCUGGCCACCGCCGCUCACGCCUCCGGUCUCUUCUCCACCCUCCCCAAAACCCUCGUCGUCACUGCUUCCCCAACCCCAGGUCAAGUUGUGAAGGGAGGAGAGGACAAAAUCAAGAUCACGUGGGGAUUGAACAAGAGCCUGCCAGCUGGCACCGACGACAAGUACAAGACCGUCAAGGUGAAGCUGUGCUACGCGCCGGUGAGCCAGAAGGACCGGCCCUGGAGGAAGACCGUGGACCAUCUCAACAAGGACAAGACCUGCCAGUUCAAAAUCGUGGCCAGGCCUUACGCCGGAAACGACAGCAUCGACUGGACGGUGGAGAAGGACGCCCCGACCGGCACGUACUUCGUACGCGUCUACGCUUUCGACGCCAUGGACGGAGAACUCGGGUACGGGGAGACCACGGAUGCGAAGAAGACGACUAACUUGUUUCAGGUGGAAGCAAUCAGCGGCCGCCACGCCACCCUCGACAUCGUCUCCAUAUGUUUCAGCGUCUUCUCGGUUGUCUCGCUAUUUGGCUUCUUCUUUAACGAGAAGAGGAAGGGGAAGGCCGAAUCCAAGUGAAGGAGAUGGCAAACCAACCAACAUCGUAAGGUCGAGGUGGGAAGGGAACGCAUAAAACUGGCGAGUAGUAAUAUCGUUUCUCGCUUAUUAUUAAUUAGUUCUAUAUAUAUGUUUGCUUUUUUCUUUUUUUGUGUUGAAUUUUCCUCUUUUCUUCUCCCUUUUGGUUGCUUGAGACUUGAGAGAGUGGCACAUGACAUGAGAGAUGGAUGGUAGGUCGGGUAUGGAAGAUGGAAGGAUGAAUGAGAACCUAAUACUUAAAAUGUUUGACUUUGUUGAGUUGGCAAACAAGAGAGAUCUCAUUGGAUACAUUUUCUCUCUUUUGAAUGACACUAGAGAAAAAAAGUCACCUUCGAUCAUAGGAGUUUUCGUGACUAAAGAGACACUUAGUUUUACUGAAAAUAUUAGUUAGUGGUAUUUUGUCAUGACAAGCAUGCCAGUAAUUAAAGGUCAAUUAUCACACAAAAAAAACUCGUGAUUAUAGAGAUACAAUGAGAAAAUUUUCAUGCCAAAUUAUCUAUUAUGUCAUCGUUAUUAAACACGAGAAAAUUAUCAUGAUUGAACUAUAAAAAUAAGCAUAGGAUUUUUCCGUGACUAAUUCAGUUAUUUAUCACGGGAUUUUGUCCAAUAGUCAUAUGCAUGUUGGGGACAUAACCAUGCUAGAGCAACGGGUUUUGUUUCAAUGGUCACGGGAACCCGUGAUUGUUAGUUCUUACUAAUCACAGAAAAAUUGCCUGAGAGUUAAUUGUUACCGGUGAUUGUUAUUAAACUUUUAGUCACGGCUCAAGGGAAAGUCAAGUCUUGUGACUAGUCACAUGAAACACUGUGAUUUAUAUAAGCUGAAGUAACCGAAAAAACCGUAACAUGUACGAGAUGAAUUUUUACUUGAAACAAUUAAGAAGUAUGAGCAAUAUAUAUCAUUUACACAUCAACGUUAAUAUGAUUAAGAAAUCUAUUUCUUGAAGCAUUUUAGUCACAUGAAACCUAUCUAACUAAUCAUAUCACAAAAUAUGAACGCUUCAACAAAAUAAGCUAGACUAAUUUCUAUCUUUCUUCAAAACAAAAUUACCAUUACACUCAACAACGUGCAAGGUUGAACUACUCUUCUCGUGCUUUACCCUUCUUUUUGUCACCCUCAUUAUGUUGCACUUCUGAAUUAUAAAAGAGAAAUUAAAAAUAUUAGAAUCGUUAAACAAUACUACAAUCAUGUAUGAAGUAUUCUCCAAAUUCAGAUCGAGGAACUAUUCCGAAAACAACACCAAAUUUGUUCUUAACGAUUAGGGCAUUGGACGUCUCUGCUGACCAUUAAGUGUAAUUCAAAUUCGUGAGUAGAUCUCCGAGAAGAGUUUACCAGGGGCAUCAGAUAGAUGCAAGUAGAGAGGCGACCCAAAAGCUCAUUAGUAGGGGAAGAAGCUUAGAAUAGGCUCAAUUUGUAAGAAAAUAAUAUCCAAAAUUUAACUAAUAUGGCAUAGUGGCGGACCCAAAUUUUUUGUCAAGGUAUUCACAAAAAUAAAUAAUAAAGUAAUUUAAAAAUAAAAAUAAAAUGUUUAAUUAAUAAAGUACAUCGAUUCAUCGCUUCUCAUAGCGAACCACGACGUGUUUUCAUAUUCUAAAAUAGUUUCUAUAAUACAUUCAUCACUUAUGUUGCGACUCACGCCUUUUUCAAUAAAAGUGACCACACAAUCUCUCAUAAAUUGAUCCCCCAUACGAUUUCGAAAAUCGUUCUUGACAAAUUUCAUUCCCCAAAGAGGAGAAGGGGAUUUAAUAAAAUCUUAAUGGGCUU